GAGCUUCAUUUCUUACGUCUAUUCUCUACACUCAUUCAUUCACUCACUGCCGGCCAGUACCCCUGUUAGAUUUCUAAACUUUAUUAUUCUUUGUUUCACAUACACUUCACUUCAAUCAUCAUGCAUACUCCAUCCAUCAAUAUUUUGCUCGCCGUGGGCCUUCUAUUCUCCACCCCGUUCACAUCGGCUCUUACUAUCCCUUCUAUCGAGAAGAAGUCUAUCGCUGGUACGGGCAUAGAAUCCAUCGAGACUCGUGACAUUCCUGUUCUCAUCAAUCGUCAUCACACCGAGGCCCAGAUCGCAGCCAAGGGGUCAAAGGCAAAAGGAAAGGGACAACGCGAUGUUUUGGAGAGAGAAGCACAUCACACCGAAGCACAGAUUGCUGCCAAGGAAGCCAAGGCUGGGAAAAAGAAUGGACGCGACGUUGUAACCAGACAUCAUACCGAAGCACAAAUCGCUGCUAAGAAGGCCAAAGCUUCUAAGAAUCAACGCAAUGUUACCAUCAAGGAGCGCGAGCCUCAUCAUACCGAAGCACAGAUUGCCGCUAAGCAAGCCAAAGCUGGUAAAGCCAAGGGACAGUAAAUUUAGCUGGAUUAAUGUAUAUCAUUGGACUGUGUCCAAUGAUUGGAUAGACGGGAAUCUGAGAAAUUUUAUUGUAUCUCAUUAUAGGUGUACAUGAAUGGGCAUUUCGGAAAGAUGGGGUACUAGUGUCGUUAUAUAAUCAUAAAAAAC